AUGAACAACGGCGAGGACAAUGCAAUGUGCGAGACACUUAUGGGCACUUUGCUUGCUUGCCCUGGACAGAGCCGCUGCAACGACCCCUUGCUGCGCCGACCAGCCUUCUUUCCACCGGCGGAUCCCGCCACGUUCAAGUGCCGGCAGCAGUGGAAGGCCUGGCGGGCAGACACGACUUUGUGCCGUGCCAGCAGUCCUGGCACCGGGAGUGCUCCUCCGCUCGAGCUCUUGUGCUGCCUCUCUCAGUGGUGGAUCCAGCAUGCUCUGCCUUGUUUCGCACUCCGCGUCCUCGCUUUUUUUAACAGGUCCCUCCACUGCGAGCACCAAUUAAGCGUGGCAGAGUUCUCUGCCUACCACCUACGGAGCGUCAUCCAGCACCUUGACGGCCUCGCCAUUGCACGCGCCACGAAACUUACGACGGGCUGCAGGGGGCACGCCGAGGACGAACUCCUCGAGGCACCACCGACGGACACACUUCACGCCGUCGAGGCGGACCUGUCGCCCGAGAACGACGUGGAACUGGCGCGGGUCCACGGAAGCUAUGGCUCGCCCCUCGCCGGGCUCGCCGCCGCGCUCGACAUGCAAGACGCCAUCAUGAAACAUCUGAAACGCAUCGCCACCAUGCAGGGCGACAUGCCCGUCGACGACAUCGACUCCCUCAUUCCGGAGGCAGCGUUGCACAACCUGCAGCAGCAACAGCGGAAAUGUGAGUGGAUUGACUUGGCCGACGCUUUACGAGGCCCGGCACACGUGGCCAAGAUGCUCGUUCGACGCUGCCAGGAGCGACGCUCCGCGCCGACGCGGCCCUACAUACUCAACGACGAGCAGCUCCAGUGCAUUGCCCUUUUCGUGACCCGCCUGGAGCAGGCCUUCCUCGAGCGCCCCGAUCCGAGCAGACCGUGGCUCCAUCCAUCUCGCGCCCUAAUGGCCAUGAUCAUGGGCGGCGGGGGUGGCUGCGGCAAGACGACCUUGAGCGCCGAGAUCUUGCUGCCCUUGCUCGAGGCGUUCUUCCACCCCGAGGGGGUCUUACGACGUGCCCCUUCGAACAAACCCGCUCGACUGAUCGGCGGUCGCGCCGCGCGCUCUGGCCGGGGGCUGGCGUCCGAGAGCUCCAUGCGAACGCGCGCGUUGGCCUUGAACGCGCAGGCUCGCCAAAAACCUGCCGUCACCCACGUCGACGCAGGCGACUUGCAUGUCGACGAGUACUCGCAACAACAAGGCGAGCUCAACCGCGCCGGGGCUCCACGAACCACGUGCGCCCGCGAAGCAAAAUGCGGCUUGAACAAGGACGUGUGCUUCAAGCCUCAGGAGCGGUGGGGGCGCUUACCUGUUGCGGUCUACUCUGGCGACCACUUGCAGCUACCACUGGCGCCAGCCUCGCCCAGCAUGCUGGCACCGCUUGAGGGCGCUGCGAACGAGCGCAAAGUCGGGGCCAUGCGCUGCACCGACCACGCACUCAUCGACAUUCUGAACACCGUGCGGGUGCCUGGCGGCAGGGCCCUCACGGAGCAACAGUGGCAGGCCCUCAAGAACACCGAAAUCAGUGCUGAACAGCCUGACAUCCCAGCGUCGUGGUACCACUCGUGCUACUGCUGGAGCGUCAUCAGCAUGGCCGCGUUCAUGCUCGCACGGCAGUCCGCCCGUGAGGCCCGACAAACUCUACUUUACGUGCAAGCCUUCUACGAGGACUUACUUCGGAUACCCAGCAUCCAGAAAACGAGGCGCCUUCCACCGGUGGUGCUCUUCCAUUACGGCAUGCGAGUACGGCUCACGACCACGAUCCAACAACCUUUUGCUGUGCAGGACGUCGAGGGCACUGUUGUCGGUUUUGACCUGGACCCCGCCGACCUCGCCACGGAAACCAAGCUUCGGUCACCAUCCGCCUCGCACACCGCGGAAUUCGCAUGUCCUCUCAUGCCGAAGGCUAUUUACGUGAAGCUUGAUGACUGCGAUCUCCAGCCCUUGCCACCAACCAUGUGUCCGGAGCAUCCCGAGCGCAGCUCAACGUGCACUCGCUGCACCAGUGCUGCACAGCCUGGCGCCAUGGCCAUCUGGCCUAGGCCGCGCACGCUCAAACACAGCUACUCACCCACGGAGAAAACCAAAUACGUCAUAGUCUCACGGGCACAGAUGCCGCUGAUGCCGGCGGCGGCCGUCUCGCUUUACUCGAUGCAGGGCACUGCGGCAGAUCCCGGUCUGGUGGCCUACUGGUUCUCCCUGCGGCGAUGCUCCGACGCCAUCCGAUGGCUGAUCGUCUACGUCAUGCUCUCACGGCCUCGCUCACUUGCCACCCUCAAGUCCGUGAAUUUGACGAGGCAGAUCCGCGGCGUCAUAGAACAGGGUCCGCCCGAGGAUCUCGUCGCCUACUUCGAUCGACUUUUCCGCGAAAAAAUCGAGGCGACGAGGGGGCUGGCACGAGAGGCCGCGCGCGCCUGCGGCCUCCUGCCAGAACUCUCUUGA